AUGCAAAAGACUGUCGUCGUAUCGAGGAAUUCGAAAACUAGCCCUGCUAGGCAUAAAAUCCCAGACCCAAGCCACAAUUCCAAUGAGGUCGACUCCCAGCUUUACGACUGGCUAUGGACAUACCAGGAAGAGCCCCAUAGAACCCGUCGACAACUGAUCAUCAAGGCUCACCCCGAGGUACCGUUCAGCCCUUCGCCUACUACGUGGUGUGGAUAUGCUACUAAACCGUUCACUCUCAAGGUCACGAAACUGUGCGGCCCCGAGCCCCUUACGAAAUACGUCGUUGGUUUUGUCGUGAUACUUCAAUUCUUGAUCGCUUACUCGCUAAGGGAUACACCGGUGUUUUCUUGGAAGUUUCUCCUGACCGCUUAUGUUAUUGGGGGCACCGCAAAUCAAAACUUAUUUCUAGCGAUUCACGAAAUAUCCCAUAAUCUUGCUUUUAAAAAGCCAUUUGCGAACCGACUACUUGCUAUCGUCGCGAAUCUUCCCAUCGGAAUACCAUACAGUGCUUCAUUUCGGCCAUACCAUCUCACCCAUCAUAAGUCGCUUGGGGUAGAGGGCCUCGAUGUCGAUUUGCCAACUAGUUUAGAAGCCGUUUUUCUCGAUUCGGUGCUGGGGAAGGCAUUCUUCGCUACAUUUCAGAUAUUCUUCUAUGCUUUACGGCCGAUGGCCAUAUACCGAAUCCCAUUUACUUGGAUCCAUUUCUUCAAUGUCAUUACGCAGGUUGCUGUCGACGCAAUUUUCGUGAAGUUCGUGGGCUGGAAUGUUUUAUGGUACUUCUUUUGGAGCAGUUUCCUAGCAGGGAGUCUUCACCCAUGUGCCGGGCACUUCAUUGCAGAACAUUAUGUUUUCGAGAAAAUAAAGGAGCGGUCCUCAAGGUCAUCGCCAUCAGAUAUCCUACCUGUAGAAACAUACAGUUACUACGGUGUCCUAAACUUUCUGACCUAUAACGUGGGACUCCAUAAUGAACACCAUGAUUUCCCUGCGAUCCCAUGGACACGCCUAUGGAAGCUCCGGGAUAUAGCAGCUGAGUUCUAUGAGCCUUUGCCUCAGCACAAAAGUUGGACCUAUGUCAUUUGGCAAUUUAUAUGGGACCCAAAUGUUAGUCUCUGGAGCCGUGUCAAACGGGACCAAACCGUGGGGAAGGGUCGAAAAGUCGGUGGAGGGUGGACAAAAGAAGAACUAGGACAGGAUUGA